UCACUCCACAUUUAACGGAGGGCUGUCAGCGCUGCGCGGAGCUACUGAGCGACUGUGUGUGUGUGUUUGAAGGGGAAAGCGCUUUUAAUCCCCUAAACUUUUCGAGAAUAAAAGAAGAAACCCCGGGGAGCGCACGGAGCGGACCGUGGCACAUGGAAACGCUAUGCAGCUGGAGAGACGGCGGUGGACUUUAUCGUAGUUUCACUCAAGAGGAGGCUAAGUGAGGCGAGAUAAACAUGCUCACCCCGAUGCUGGCCUCCUUGCUGCCGCUUUUCCUUCUCUUUAGGAUUUCUUUCUGCCAAUACUCAAGCGACCAGUGCAGCUGGAAGGGCAGCGGUCUGACCCAUGAAGGCCACACCAGGGAUGUGGAGCAGGUGUACCUACGUUGCUCCCAAGGCUCUCUGGAGUGGCUUUAUCCCACAGGGGCCAUCAUCGUCAACCUCCGACCCAACAUGGUCUCUCCCGCCGCCGCUCGGCUCUCUGUCUGCAUUAAACCCUCCGCCGAGUCCAGCGGCACCAACAUCUACCUGGACCGCAACGGCAAGCUGAGGUUACUGCUGGCUGAACAGGACCAGGCUCAGGGCAAAGUGCACUGCUUCGGCAUUCAGGAAGGGGCGCUCUUUAUUGAGGCUGUCCCCCACAUGGACAUCAGUCGGCGGAUUACGGCGUUCCAGUACGAGCUGGUCAGCGACAGGCACAAGGCGGGGCCACACUUGCUUGUUGCGUCCUGUCAGCCCUGCAGUGACACUGAAGUGCUUCUAGCUGUCUGCACAAGUGACUUUGUGGCACGAGGCAACAUUAGGAAGGUGGAUCAGGAGGAGGAGCACUCAUCUGUCACUGUGGAGAUCAGUCACCUUUACAGACAGAAAACCCAGGUCUUUGUAUCUGGGGGUGUGAGGGUACGGAGCUGGACUGGCCGUAUCAAAAUGCCCCUUCAGUGUGGGGUGAGGUCCGGUGAGGGGGAGUUUUUGUUCACUGGGGCCGUGAGGUUUGGGGAAGCCUGGAUGGGCUGCGCCCCACGCUACAAAGACUUCCUGCGGUUGUAUCAUGAGGCACAGCAGCAGGGCACCAACCCCUGUCACGUGGACACUAACUGAGCAGGUCAUCUGCCCACAUUUGGAGAUGGAACAAGCCCUCAGUAACUGAGGAGACUGGCCCAGUGGCCCAGAGCCCCUCUCCUCUCCUGCUGCGCCGUGACUCUUUGGAGACAAUGGCUGGAGCUGCUGGAUGUUGCCAAGCAGCGUGCUAGCCGAACGCCGGUGAUGCAACGUGGAAUGUGUUCAGACCGCCUUUCUCACGCACGAGGAAUCGCAAAGUUUUAAAUGUAGCAGACCCCAUUUGGUUUUUAUGUGUAUAAAAUGUGAAUGAAUAUUGUACAUUUUGAAGCUCUGUGUGCUUUGUUCAAAAUCAAAACAAAAACAAAAAAAACUUGAUGUACAGUUCUGAAUUUAUUUCCUAUGACAGAUGUAUAAAAUGAAAGACUCUUAUUUUGUUUAAAAACUUAUUGCAGUUUAAAACCUGAGUUAUUUUUUUCAGGUUGUACAAUUGUUAAAAAAAAA